UAUCAACCAAUUAAUUGUGACUGAGCAGGUUCCCUUUCAAAACAGCGGAAAAUUCGAAGUCUUCUUGCCGUCGUCUCUUGAUCAAGCAGCUGUGAUAUUUGAAAACAUUCUUUUGUUGGCACUGGGUACAACGCUUGGGGUACAUCAAAGGACAAAAGGAACCCAAUUUAAUUUGAAAUACCCAAGGAGAAAAAAAACUACUGGUAGGCCUACACGAUCGGCAAGCACUCGCUCCACUUCUACAAAAACUGACCACGUUCUAAAAUCAGCGAUUUGAAAAUCAUCCCAGUCAAGGCGAAGAUGCCAUCUAACGAAAACAGCAGUUCUCGUCUGAAGACAUACAAGAACAAAGGGCGAGAUGUUGAUGAAAUGAGGAGGAGGAGGAAUGAAGUGUCUGUCGAGUUGAGAAAAGCCAAGAAAGAUGACCAGUUGCUGAAGAGAAGAAAUGUUGCUGUUGAUGACGAACCAACCAGUCCCCUUCAGGACGCAAGUAACAAGACUAAUGCAGUAAGCCUGACAUUGGUUGAAAUUGUCAGUGGUAUCAACGGAAACGAACCACUUCAACAGAUGCAGUGUACGCAGGCUGCUCGAAAACUGCUGUCCAAAGAGAGGAACCCGCCUAUUGAUGACAUCAUCAAAACUGGUGUGAUUCCCAGAAUGGUGGAAUAUCUUUCCCAUAGUGACAGACCAGACCUGCAAUUUGAGGCUGCUUGGGCACUUACAAACAUCGCAUCGGGUACCAGUGAUCAAACCAAGGCCGUGGUGAAGGCGGGCGCUGUGCCUCCAUUUGUCAAACUGCUGUCCUCGCCACAUCACAAUGUUUGUGAGCAGGCUGUGUGGGCUCUCGGAAAUAUUGCAGGUGAUGGCCCUGACUUGAGAGACUAUGUGACAGAGUCUGGCAUCAUUGAACCUUUACUCCGGCUCAUCAAACCAGAAACGCCCGGGGGAUUCCUGAGGAACGUCACAUGGACAUUGUCCAACCUCUGUAGAAACAAGAACCCACCUCCCAAGUUCAAGGUUGUGCGUCAAUUCCUGCCCACAUUGGCCAGACUUCUACAACACAAUGACAGAGAGGUUCUGACCGACACGUGCUGGGCACUGUCGUACCUCACGGACGGAACCAACGAUAAAAUCCAGGAGGUUGUAGAUAGUGGUGUAGUACCAAGACUUGUAGAGUUGCUGGGAAGCUCUGAAGUAUCGGUGAUAACCCCCGCGCUCCGAGCCGUAGGUAACAUUGUGACUGGCGAUGACUCCCAAACACAGAAUGUGAUCGACCAAGGGGCUCUGAAGGCUUUUAAAGGUCUUCUUACCCAUAACAAGGUCAACAUCCAAAAAGAGGCUGCUUGGACAAUAUCCAACAUCACAGCCGGUAACACACAGCAAAUCCAGUGUGUCAUCAACGAGGAGCUCCUACCUUACACUCUGGAAAUACUAAUUAAGGGUGACUACAAGAGCCAGAAAGAGGCUGUGUGGGCAAUCACCAAUUUGACGUCGGGAGGCACGGUGGAACAGAUAGCGUACUUGGUACAGCUCGGAGCCAUUAAACCUCUCUGUGACCUUUUGACGGUGAAAGAAGCCAAGGUCAUCCUGGUUAUUCUCGAUGCUAUUGGCAACAUUCUAAUGGCUGCGGAGAAGAUCGGCCAGCAGGAAGUUGUGUGUGUUAUGAUUGAAGAGUCUGGUGGCCUAGACAAGAUCGAAAAUCUCCAGAACCAUGAAAACGAGCAGGUUUACAAGGCAGCGCUGGAACUCAUAGAGAAAUACUUCGCUGACGAGGGAGAGGACCAGAGUUUGGCCCCGGCCAGCACAGACGGCAAUGCCUACCAGUUCAACGCGGCCACAGCCAUCCCACAACAGGGUUUCUCUUUCUGACUUCUAUCUCUGGAGGGCACGCCCAUGUUGGAACAACAGUACUGGGGGCUGGAAGACAUCUUCAUUCCAGGACGAGGCUCUGCAAGAGCGGUAAAUUUGGCCCCUAUUGGUGACAGACAGCGAACAGCAAUCAUGUGAUAAUUUAUAUGAAGUACUUUUCUUAGACAAUAACCUGCUCAUUUAUGAGUUGACAGUGAGAAAUGUGACGUUUGUAAUUAAGUGUCCAUCUGUGAUGUGCUAAAACAGAUAUAUCAAUGUGUAAAUUUUUACCGUGAUGUUGACCUCCUUGACCCUUGGUGGAUUUUGAUUGUGACAGCAAUUUUAAUUGACCAUGUAAUGUUUGAUUACACUGGUCAGUUUGACCAUGUAAUAUUUGAUUAUUACACUGGUCAGUUUGACCAUGUAAUGUUUGAUUACCGUACACUGGUCAGUUUGACCAUGUUAUGUUUGAUUACAUUGGUCAGUUAGUGUUGAACCCCCAGGCUGCCAAUAACAUCAAUAUGUCCCUUGUUAUGUCUGUGAUGAAAAUGGAACUACAUGUAUUGUCAAAUUGUAUCUAGACAGAUUUUUGUGAAAGUCAUGUAUAAUUUUUCAACUAUUUACUGUUUUAGGUGAAAAACUUCAAUGUUUGUUCCCAUUUUCCCAAUCAAAAUUUCGUAAAUGUGAAGUUUGUUGAAAUCUGUUAGUGCUCCAAUACCACUAUUUUACAAAUGCAUAAUAACAAAAUUAUUAUAAACACUCAAGUGCUUUAAUAGAAUAUCUUUGUGUGUAUAUAUAUAUAUAUGUAUAUAUUCUUUAAAAGGAGGCAAACUUUCCAGGAAAUAUCCUUUGUAAACACUGAAAAUUUCAAUAUUUUCUUAUUUUUAAAUUCAACCUUUAGGUUAAGGAAAAUGUUUGUAAGAGUGUAUGUCGUGUGGUCACCAUUCUAGUGGAACAUGGUUAACUUUCCCCACAAACUAUUUAUGAUAAUACCAUUGUUACAGAGGCAUCAUCAGAUUAGCUUGAUGUGGCCUUACUCGAGUUACUUCGUCUGUAUGGCUGGUAACAUUUAUUUGUAAUGCUAUUAUACGAUCAUUUCAUGUCUUUUUGAAAUAUUUUUGAUGACAGUUUUUAUUGUAGUCUUUCUAACUUUCUACUUCUCUCUCUCUCUCUCUUUCCCAUCUGUAUUUUACUGUGUUUACAGAGAACUGUUUACAUUUUACACCAUGUCAUAAGUCGGUACCUGUACACGGGUCACUGGCCGUAGUGUUCUAAAAUAAACACUCAAACUCGU